AUCACAUUAAUUUUUUUUCUUACUUUUAUUUAUUUGUGCUUUAGAUUGAGUAUUUCUUCUUCUUCUUCUUCUUCUUCUUCUUCUUCUUAGCUGUGUUUUAUACUAUUAUCAUUUAUUAAUUUUACUUAAAUCCAGCUGUCAUUCAUAUAAUAUUACCAUCCAGCCUUAUACACACACACACACACACUACAUUAUAUACAUACAUCUUUCUUUGACUUUAACAAUUUUCAUGACUGCCCAUCGUUAUGCUUCUAGAGCUCCGUUUGAGAACAUUCCCGCUCAACCUCAACAAGUAGAACACAGCUUACGUACAAUGAGUGCUCGAAAUUGCUCUGUUGACAGUAAUCUCUCAGACCUCAGUGAAAACAGCUCUAAUGUAGUGAUUAAUCAACGCUGGAUCCCACUUGGAAAGAUUGGAGAAGGAUCUUUUGGUGAAGUGUUUGAAGUUGAGGAAAUAUCGACCAAAAAGCACUUUGCUAUUAAAAGAGAACGAGCAAAUAUGCGACACCCCCAGUUGGAAAACGAAGCCAAGGUUUACAAACUGCUUGAAGGGGGCCCCGGAAUCCCACGCUGCUACUGGUAUGGACGUCACGAAGACUUCAAUUGCAUAGUUAUGGACCUACUAGGCCCUAGUUUAAAUCAGCUACGAAAGACUGUCCACAAAAUUCCUUUGGAUGUUGUGAUUGAUUUAAGUAGCCAAAUGGUAUCCAUUCUAGAACACGUGCAUCAAAAAGGUCUUGUCUUUAGGGAUAUCAAACCUGACAACUUUUUAUUCUCGGCUGCCAAUGAACUUCCUGAACCAGAAAUGUAUGAAGUGCAACCGUAUCCUCGGCUCUAUAUUGUUGACUUUGGCCUGGCAGUUGACUGGGCUAAUCCUGAACCUAAAGUGUCCCAUUCAGACAAAAAGCGGGACCAAAGAAACAAGGUUGGUACGGCUCGGUAUGCUUCUAUCAACGUUCACCGUGGCAAAGUACAUUCUCGACGAGACGACCUGGAAGGCAUUGGCUACAUGGUACUCGAACUUCUCCUUGGAUCCUUACCUUGGACUGGUAUCCAGGCACGAAGCUCCAAGAAUGGCUGGGACAAGAUGCGUCAGAUGAAGGAAGAUACAUUUAUGAGUGAUCUGUGUGCCGGAAUGCCGGUUGGAAUUCUGGAGUUUGUGGAAUACACUCGAAAGCUGCGACCAACCGAUGAGCCAGAUUAUAAUUUGUGUCGGCAGAUGCUG